UGGAGGCCACACCUGAUGCCGUCCCUCCAUUGCCACUUGGUCCGUGAGCAUGUCUGUCGUCCCUUUGGGUUUGUCCAGCUGCUGGCCUCAGGUGCUGAACCCUGUGCCUGUCUCUGCCCUCCCCAGACUCAGCGCUGGCGCAAUGAGAACUUUGAGAGGCCUGUGGACCUCGAGGGCUCCGGGGAUGAUGACUCCUUCCCCGACGAUGAGCUGGACGACCUGUACUCCGGGUCAGGCUCGGGCUACUUCGAGCAGGAGUCAGGCAUUGAGACAGCCAUGCGGUUCAGCCCAGAUGUAGCCCUGGCAGUGUCCACCACACCUGCUGUGCUGCCCACCAUGGACAUCCAGCCCGUGGACACCCCAUUUGAAGAGCUCCCCUCUGAGCGUCCCACUCGAGAACCAGCCACUAGCCUCCCAGUGGUGACAGAGGUCCCAGAAGAGCCCAGCCAGAGAGCCACUACCAUCUCCACUCCCAUGGCUACCACUGCUGCCACGACCACAGGGGCCCCGACCAUGGCCUUGGUGCCUGCCACAGUGGCCACCGCCACUCCCAGCAUCCCUGUGGCAGCCCCCUCCGCGACCACCACCUCUGUCAUAAGGACCACCAGCAUACGGAGGCUUCUCCCUCUUCCACUGACCACGGCAGCCACGGCCCGGGCCACCACCCCAGCAGCGCCCUCACCUCCCACCACGGCUGCUGUCUUGGACACUGAGGCUCCAACACCCGGGCUGGUCAGUACAGCUACCUCUAGGCCAAGGGCCCUUCCCAGGCCAGCUACCACCCAGGAGCCUGACAUCCCUGAGAAGAUCACCCUGCCCCUGGGGACAACUGCCCCUGGACCAACUGAGGUGGCUCAGACCCCAACUCCAGAGUCCUUCCUGACCACCAUCCGGGAUGAGCCAGAGGUACCAGUGAGUGGCGGGCCCAGUGGGGACUUUGAGCUACCGGAGGAAGAGACGACGCAGCCAGACACAGCCAAUGAGGUGGUGGCCGUAGGUGGGGCUGCAGCUAAGCCAUCACCUCCAACCGGGAACCUGCCCAAGGGUGCUCGCCCAGGCCCUGGCCUCCUGGACAAUGCCAUCGACUCGGGCAGCUCAGCGGCUCAGCUGCCGCAGAAGAGCAUCCUGGAGCGGAAGGAGGUGCUCGUAGCUGUGAUUGUGGGCGGGGUGGUGGGUGCCCUCUUCGCUGCCUUCCUGGUCACCCUGCUCAUCUACCGCAUGAAGAAGAAGGAUGAGGGCAGCUACACGCUGGAGGAGCCCAAGCAGGCGAGCGUCACUUACCAGAAGCCUGACAAGCAGGAGGAGUUCUACGCCUAGUGGAGCCACAGUGCCUCCCCAGAGCCUCAGCGUCGCCCCCUCCCCAGUCCUUGGCCUGUCCCACCAGCCCUGGUCUGGGACCAGGCCUGGGAGGAAGCCUGGCCCCAGUUCAUCUCUGCCCACCCUCCCAAGGUCUGCCCAGACUGCCAGCCUCACACAGAUCUUCCCCGAGGCACAGGGGGCGCUGCCAUCUGCCCUAGACUGUGCCCUUACGAGCUCAUCUCUUGUCCUCCACCAGCCUGGGGCUUCAGGACCUCCUGUCAGGUGGAUAGGAGGAAAGAAGCUCCUGAACGGCUGGUGGAAGAAUGGGUGGGCUUGAGAUGGGCUUGAACUCCAACCUGGCCCACAGGGCUGGCUGAGGUCUUCUUUUAAGGGCAGAGAGGGACUCAGGCUGGUUUCCAGGACAAGCAUUUACAAGCUCAGCCCUUGAAAUCGAGACACUGCCACCUCUUGCUUCUGUGCCAGGGCCCCUCUGUACCCGGGUGAGAAUGUGUUCCUUAUCCCAGCUUGUUUUAUCCUAGCCUGUCCCGAGUUGUGGGGUCACUCUCCUCACCCCGCCCACUGCACAUGCACCCAAAGGCUUCACCUCUUUCCCAGUCUGUCCCUGAGGAAUUAGCUUCCCAAGAGUGCCUGGCAGCCACUGUGAGGAGGGCGAGGCUGCUUGGACCUCCCUCUUGCAAGUGGACUGUGCACAGACACCAUCUCCCACAAUGUCACACAUAUUGUCACAUCCAAAGUCAAAAGCACGAAAUGACGAAAUCAUAAGCAAUUCUGACCACCCCGUCAGUCUAGACAUGUCGCAGAUACACAUUCUCCCAAAGACGUUUCUUCUCGUGUUUCUCACACAUCCCCAAAUGCUUACAACAGUGCAAGUCACAAGUCAUUGUCACCCAGUGGUGACUCUGUGGCCUGCUUCCCCUCUCUGUCUCAUCUCCUUCCACAUACACACGAAAUCUGUCAGCAUACGCAUUCUUAGCUUUCAGGCUCACCGGGGAGGGUGGAAUCAAGCCAGAACAGUCAGCCCAUAUUGGGUCCCCUGAAUUGCCCUGUCAUUCUCAGUCCCUCACCAUUGUGCCCCCACCAGCCACAUUGCCACCAACCCCGGCGUGUCAAGACACAAUCCCACGUGGAUGCACAGUCUCACCCCACACAGCCCCGCUCUCACACUGGAGGAAGAUAGGUGGGCACUUGCCUUUCCCAUAAAGUGUGGUGUGGGAGGACGCUGCCCCUGAGGGCAUUGCACAGCCCAGGCCUGCUUCCCUCCUCUCCGUAGCCUGCAAAGAGGUUAGUCUGGGGCCAGUCCCCCACUAUCGGGGAGCCUUGCUGAGGAAGGCAGGCUGGUUCCUGGAAUUAGGCCUCGGGCUAGGGAGGGGGCGUGGAUCUCCCAGGACCAAAGGCCCCAGAUGGGGAGGGAGCGUGUGGUCUGGCUCCUGGUCUCCCUGUGUCCCUCUCCUGCUCUGAGCUAGGGGCCAACUCUGCCUCCCAGGACACAAGUCUCCAAAGUGCCUGUGAGGGUGGGCCCUGCCGCCCGGGCCCUCUGCACCCUCUCCCCUUGGCCUCUCCAGGCCCACCUCAGCCCUACCCCGGGGGCCUCCACCGGCCUCCCCUGUAGACACCUUGUCUGCUUAUUUGGCCAAACAACCUGGCAGUUCUGGCUGCAGCUGAAUGGACCUGCAGCUGGAAGCAACCCAUCCAGACGGCGCCCCAGGCCGAGGGCUGAGAGCAGGUGGGGGCAGGGAUGUCAUGCCCCCCCCCCCACUCCCCCUUCUUUACCCUUGCAAGUGGGCCACUUCCAUGGGUUUUAAAUGUGGGGGUCACAAAUCUCCUUUGGGGGGUGUGCUCAGCGGGGGCUCUUGGAGCUGGGAUGUGGUGUGCUCGGUAGUUGGCUGGUGCUCACACCCCCACCCCUCACCUACAAGCCAGGUAAAGCCAGGAACCCAGGUUUUAUUUCUGUCCCCUUUUCAAGAUGCACUGGCAACAGACUUCUGCUGGGUGAGGGGUGGGAGUGCCGAAGGCGGUGAGAGCGAGGUUCCAGGGGCUGCCACAGCCUGUCCCACCGUCUUCCAGUCUGGGGCUCCAUUUUUCCGACCCCAAAACCCCUCUCAGCAGGGCCUGGAGGCUUGUAAGGAGCCCAGCUGGUCCCAGCCUUGGAGGGGGAUGGGAAUGGGGAGAGACAUCCCGGGCCCACAAACUAUAGCAGGUGGCCUGGCCUCAGUCACCCCUGAAGCUGAAGGGCUGGGGCACAGGGUGGGAGACACCAAAGUCCCAGCCAUUCUCCUCUAAUCCCUGGUGGGUUGCUGUCUUGGGGCAGCAGCUCUGGUGAGAAGGCCUGGGCAGGCCAAGGCUGAGAAACCAGAGAGCAUGGAGCAGAGAGGACCUGGCUCCCUGGAAGCCCAGGGUGCUGAGACUGAUGUAGCAGACCUGAGGCAGGGGCUGGAGCCAGGGCAGGUCCAGCACAGGAUGCAUGGCUCAGGCUUAGGCUGGCUGGAGUGGGCUUGGCGUGGCCAGCAUGGUCCAGCCCAGCCCCAGCAGGCCUGGCUCCUCACAUCUGAGGCCUGGCUUUUAACCUAGGGCUGAACCUUCUGGCACCGGCCUCUUCUCUGUGUCCUUAGCAUUUGAGAGAGGAGACUGAGGGACUCGUUCAUUGAGCCCUGGUCCCGAGACAAAUAUCCAGGCUUUAUUAUGAAGUUUAACAGUCCAGCCAGCCCCAAUCCACUCUGUCCAGCCUGAGCCGGGCAAGGCAAUCCAAGAGUGAGGUCGGUUUAAAGGACGAGCUGGAGCUCGCCUAGGUGCAAUGUG